AUGAUGACAAUGGUGCCACCCACGAACGGCUACGCCCGAGAUCUCGAGCAAGGGAAAGCGGGGAGCGUCGUACCGUACCAUGGAACAAGCAACGCAGGCACGGGGGAUGGAGGGUCAGGGGUAGCAGUUGUUGAUUCCCUGCGGCAGGAAAAUCUAGCCACGGCUGCAGCUAAGUUUUGGGCGGUUGUGCUGCCCUGCAAUGUGAAUGGACAGAUCUCCGCCAGUUGCGAUCCAACGGUGCAUUUUCUUUUGGGCUAG